UUGAGAUUGGUCGGAUUCAGCCAGACAACAGCUCACACUGACACAGCAAAAAACAAACCAAAAAGAAAGUGGAGAAGACUGUAGUAUUAUACUAGACCCCCAUCUCGACCACCGAACACGUUACUGUUGACCACCUCGAUUGGUUGCCUAGUCUGCUGGGGACCCUUGACAACAACAACAAACGAUCCUUUCGAGAGCCCAGUCAAACGAAACCGAGUGUUGAUAAGAGUACCGUAGGGUGGACAGCAGCCCAAGCCAACCCACACUCGGCUAGUCUCAACCCCAACAACAUUAAAAAAACCAAGCCCAGAACAGAACCUCACCAAAAACCAAACCAAAUCAACCAACCAAUAAUAACACUCUUAAUAGCACACUUCAACCAGCAAGAAAGAACGAUCGAAUGUACAACCACCACCAAGAACAGAACAACAACAUCCCACCCAACUCACUCUUCAUGUCAAACCAACCCAACAACAACAAACUAAUACAGAUCAACAACCCAACCUCAACCCAAGACUCAGCACUCGCACUCCUACUGCCCCUCCUAGUCCUCCUCUCCAGCCUCCUCUUCCUGCUCCUCCUCUUCCUCAUCUUCCUCAUCGUACUCCGACGACGACGCUCCCACCACCAUCCAUCCUCAACACGUCGUCAUCUGCUCAGACUCGGCGAUAACGAUGGGCCUCUCGAUCUCUCAAUACCCGAGGAACCCGAAAUCGAAGGUGGCAUAGAAGGCCUCGAACGCCGCUGGCUCGAAUCUUGCUCUCAAGCCACUCGCAACGGCUAUCUACGAGCUAAAAUGUAUCAAACUCACCAUCGACCCAACUCACUACCCACCGAUAUCACGCUCUCGCAAUUCCUAUCGAUCCAAGAGAAGGGAGUCUCAGCCUGGGCAUUCGAGCCUGACUACGACAGCAACCCAUCCCUCCCGAUCCUCGUCCAAUCGCGCACCGAAAUCAUCUUCCUCGCCGAUGGGGCCGGAAUGUCCGAAGAAGAAGGAGGAGGAGUCUGCGUCCAAUCUAAUCUGCCCCUGCCUAAACUCAACGAGGUCUACUACUUCGAAUGCAAGAUUUACGACAAACCUGAGGGCAGUGAGGUCGCUAUCGGGCUGGCUACGAAACCGUAUCCUAGCUUCCGUCUACCCGGUUGGAAUCGGUUAUCGAUAGGAUACUUCUCGGGCGAUGGUUUCAAGUCGCACAACUACCCAUUCACCGCCACCUCGUAUGGCCCGCCGUUGAAGGAAGGGGAUGUCUUAGGGGUUGGUUAUCGGCCGCGGACGGGCUCGGUGUUCUUCACGCGGAACGGCAAGAAGCUGGAGGAUGCGUAUGUGGGGCUGAACCGAUUCAACCUGUUUCCGACUAUCGGGGCCACCGGGCCGGCCUCGGUGCACGUCAACCUCGGCCAAGCCGGCUUCGUCUUCAUCGAGGCUAAUGUCAAGAAAUGGGGCCUGGCUCCCAUGGCCGGAACGCUUGCUCCUCCGCCCGCUUAUGGCCACCAGAUGGGAUCCAUCCUCCUCGCCUCCGCUACCCAAUCUUCGACUACUAACAACAACAACAACAACGACCAGCAGCAGCAGCAGCUCCUCAACUCCUCUCCCUCCCCCUCCCAUUCUCAUUCCCAACCCUCCUACGCCGACCUUCAGGGACAUUACGACUCCUCCGAGGACAACCUCACCGACCGCUCGUCUAUCGAAACCGUCCGCGCGGCAUCCCAAAGAAGACGCCGGCGACAUCGUCUCAUCGGAUACUCGACCAUCGACACCCAAUCCUCCGAUCCCCACCUCCCUCAUAAUCCUCCCACACCUAGACCGCUCGAUAUCUCGCUCGAACAUCUCUCUAAUCCUUCCUCAACCCGUCAUCCUCGUCCAUCAGUGAUCGACCAUUCGGACGACCCAUCCGACGACGAUGACUCCCAACACCAUCACCAGCGACAGCAACAACAGGACCAGCAACGGGGCCAGUCUCGACGGCCGUCCCGGUCCUCGAGAGCCGGCUCCUCCUCUAGAUCGGAUCGACAUAGUCUUGCCCAGCCCGAUAUCUUGCCGCCUCAAUACGCACCUAUCGAUCCUUACAAAUAUGCCGCAGGUGUGGCCGAAGUCAUGCUCUCGGAACAGUUUCAUGGAUCAUCCAGUCAUCAUUCGUUUCCUGUUAAUAAUAGCACGGUCGCUAAUCAUCCUCAUCUUCGAUCUAACUCCAGAUCUUAAUCUUCGCCCUCCUUCCUCUCUCUCUCUCUCUCUCUCUUUCUCUUUCUCUUUCUCUUUCUCGUUUAUUAUUAUUAUGUUGUUUUUUUCUUAUCUUCCUGUUUGGUCUUUUGGUUUCCUCGGUUCUUUCAUUUCAUUUCAAAAAUCAAAAAUCAAAAAUCAACAAUCA